CACAGCAGAAGAGGACACGUCUGCGUGGAUCUGCCGGCUGGCCGCAGUCCGCCGGGUGACCCUGUCAGUGCCGCAGAACUUUCUGGAAGCAACGACCGAGCUUUGCUGCUCCAUUCAUCCAACAGCGCGUGCUGUGUGACCCCAGAAAUGGCUCGAGGAAGCCGCAGCCGUCCCUCAGCGCCGGCCAGCCCGACUCCAACCCAUGCUCCUGCACCUGCUCAUUCACCUCCUGCCUCGCUGGCUCCAGCUCCGGCUCCAUCCCAGGGGCCCGGCCUCAUGGCCCAGAUGGCCACCACAGCUGCUGGGGUGGCAGUAGGUUCGGCUGUGGGCCACGUCCUUGGCAGCACCCUCACAGGAGCGUUUGGCGGCGGUGGCAGCAGCAGCCCAGAGCCAGCCAAGCCUACGCAUCAGGAGCCGCCCCGCCCGGCCCCGGCCCAGCCAGGACCCUGUCACUUUGAGGUCAAACAGUUCCUGGACUGUGCGACCAACCAAACUGACCUGACUUUGUGUGAAGGCUUCAAUGAGGCUCUCAAACAGUGCAAGUUCUCCCACGGUGUGACGUCGCUGGUGUGAGAGAAGGCUGCCAGCUGUCUGAUGGACACAUCUCAUUACUGAGGCACGUUACAGACAUCACCUGGGUUUUCUAGUCGAAGUGAAUGAAAACAAAACAUGUGAAUGCUGAGCUUCAGGCAGUGAGCGUGGAGCGUGAAAUGUACAAAAUGUAUUUGGUAUAUACGGCACUGAGCCUGUAAUAAAUAGCUGCUAUCUACUUC